AUGGCCCAGGUCAAGCAAGACCCCGAUCGCCCAUAUGUGAAACAAGAGUUCAUCAAGCAGGACCCUGACAGCAAAGACACUGCUCUUGCGGAUAUCGACGAGGAGGAUCUUUACGAAGAUGCCGGCGAUCUGGACUUCACAAAUGCCGGACAGAGCGUCUGGCUCUCCCGUCUGCCUCGGCAGCUGUGGGAGAACUGGGCACACUUGAAUGACGACGACGAGAUCGAGAUCGGUACAAUGCGAGUCGAAGGUACACCGGAUGACAUCAAACGAGUCAGUUUGCGCCUACACAAUCGCCCUGAUAACCAGGACAUCCCCAAAGACUAUGUUCUUCAGAAACAAACGGCGGAUCCUUCAGGGGCUGGAUCGCAUCUUACCCAUAAUACCUACCUUUUCUCCGAAAAAGACAUACCCGGCGUGGAGAAUCGCAUGGCCUCGUUCGGCGAAACCCGAUCGGUCCUCUACGAAUCACAGAAGCGCGAAGCGAAGCGAAGAGAACAAGGAAAGAGAUGGGAGCCUUAUGUGCGCAAGACGAUACCCAAACAUACUGCGCUAGCAGGCGCGGUUGCUGAAGAAUUCAACUGUCUUCCUGUCGAGAAUGAAGAGUUCCGCCGCAUAUCCGAAAAGCGCGCGUUGGAGGCCCUGAAGCCCCGGAAGGAGACUGUCUUCAUCGAUAAGAUUCCAGGAAAAAUCAUUCAAGCGCGUCACGCCCUUCCCAGCGAGAAGGGUCAGUUCGUGCAAGCAACCAAAGCCGGUGGCCGUGGAAAGCCCCAGGAGAACAAGUCCACUCGUAUGCCCCAGAACGAGCUUUUGGAUCUUAUCUUCCAGUGCUUCCGCGAGUUCAGAUACUGGCCAUUUAAGACUCUCAAGGCUAGACUGGCACAGCCCGAAGCCUAUCUCAAACAGACACUCGAAUUGGUCGCGCACUUGGUCAAGUCGGGUGACUUUGCUAUGACCUGGGAAUUGAAGCCGGAGGCAACUCACGCCCAGUACUCCAAUGCGAUGGACAAUGCCAAGGCAGAAUUACCACCCGGAGCCGACGAUCCAUACGAUGAAGGAUCUGAAGACGAUCCUAUGGCAUCUGGAAUGGCUACGGAUCAAGAUGAUGUUCACUUCGAAAAUGUUUAG